AUGGUUUUAGAGUGGUCAAGAAAAGGGACAAAGAACAUGGACUUAACCCUCUUUUUACUUCUACUCUUUUUACUAUUGCCUGCUAUCUCUUCUUCCAUAUAUGUUGGGAACAAUAUCUUGUUCAAUCAUCGCAAGAUAUUCCCCAAACAACAAGAACUUACUUCCUACGCUGUGAUCUUUGAUGCCGGUAGCACUGGUAGCCGUGUGCAUGUUUUUCAUUUCGACCAGAACUUAGAUCUUCUUCACAUAGGCAACGAGAUUGAGUUUUAUGAUAAGGUGACACCUGGUUUGAGUGCAUAUGCGGAUCAUCCUGAAAAUGCAGCAAAAUCUCUGCUUCCACUUUUGGAGGAAGCUGAAAGUGUUGUCCCUGAGAACCUCUACCCCACCACACCUGUUAAACUUGGUGCGACUGCAGGUCUAAGGCUUUUGGAUGGGGAUGCUUCUGAAAGGAUA